AUGGCCGAAUCGAAAAAGAAGGAAAAUGAUAUGCUUGGUCGAUUCUUCAAAUCAUGCGUCGCCCAAUCCAACUACUACGUGACGAGAACAUCGGAAAUGUACUUCAUGGCCAAACACCACGUGUUAGUGGACCUAACAGAACAAAUUAUUGACAAUUAUGAAGAGCACAAAGGGGUGAGUACAUGGAAACCAACUUGGAAACUUAGAAUGCAAAUUGUUCAGACUACUACGGGACUCGCCGUCCGUGAUAACACAUACAUGACAUUCUACGAGUGGUUGGAGAGUAAAGAGUUCACGAAAAGCGUGGGAGACAAAUACAAGUUCGGGAAUCCGUACGUCAUCGGAAGUGCGUACACGCCCCUUCGGAGGGACACAAGUGCAGUCGACGUGGUCGUCGGAGUCACAUCCGAUUCUUCCGAACUAAUCACGUGAGCGCGAAUCUGUGAAACAAGUCCCCUAAUCCAGAAUGUUUUCAGCGUGCCAGAAGAGGCCCUAAAUAUUUUCGUUCGCGCCUUCUGUAACAAAUUCAUUGCCGACAAAAGGGAUGAAGUCGUGCAAAAGGAGAAGGUGAGAUAAAUGAACGAACUCGAUGGAAUCGGAGCUCUUCUUUCAGAUUAUUUGCUACGAAAGACUAGAUUUUCGUCUGACUGUCCGAUUGGCAAUUUGCAAGAUUCCUCCGUUCGCGGUUCGUCUCACAGCUGCCAUGAACCAAUACGACGAGUGGGACUUCGACUAUCGUUCCAUCUAAGUCAUACAACAAUUUCAGUUUCCUCGAUCACUUCUCUCCGCUCGUCUUCUACAUUCAACAAUGGUUCAAGAAAGUGCGAGUUUUGGCGAAAGGAACCGAAAAGUUGGCGGUCCCCGAGCCGUUAGUACUUCAUCUUCUCAGCGUAUACGAUAUUAUGAUUGAUUUUUCAGGCACACAAUCAAUUUGCUCAUAAUUUACUUCCUUCAACUGUACGAGCUUGUACCCCGUUUCUUCCUGUCUGUCCAAGGAAGCACCAAUGGAAGUAAGAUCGUUCUCGUCUCGCUACUUCUUCUCAUAAUCGCAAAUUUAGGCAAUCUUCAGCACUUUGCCUUCGACGACGUCGCCAAAUACAAAAUGGCAGCCUAUGAGCCGAGCCGUAGGUGUUCUAAACAAACAGACGUACAAUAAUCAUUGUAUUUCAGUGCACCGAUUGUUUUCGGAAUUCAAGAAACAGCGUCGUAACCGUGAACCGAGCGUCGGUGAAAUUCUCUUGAUGUUCUUCUUCCACUACGGAUACCUCGUCGACUUGCCGAAUACGAUGCUAAGUGCGCUCAAUUCAGAAACAGGUCCGAAGAUGGUGCCCAAGUGAGUUACUUCUUAUUGGGACAACAUUUCAUCUGUUGCUUUCAGCGUUAUCGCCUUAUCAAUUUGUGACACGGAUCGCCAUCAUGGCGCAGAAGUCGUCGACGCCUUCCGUCUACAGUACCUAUUCCGGGAUGCGUUCAGUUUGAUUAAAGACACGCACAAUCCGUGUACGGUAACGGAGAGACUAAUGAAUUUGAACGUGGACGAGGCAUUCAAUGCAGUCAGGGACCGGAUAAUGAGGAAUGAUGAAUUCGGAUCGAAGACUCUGAAAAUUGCACUGCGGAACAUUCCAGAAUACUGGCAGAAUGUAAACAAUCAGAGGCAACUGCCCAAAGUUGAUAAGUUCGAAGUUCUUCUAUGUGGAGCCAACAAACACUACAAGUUGGAUCCUUCCGUCCCAGGAAAAGGAAAAAAGUUGCUGAAGACCUCAACGCCGUUCACAGACAAGGCGCAUCGUCUCGGUUCACUGUGGCAGAAACCGAAGAUUGUGAUAAAUAAAGAUGCACCGCCGGCUCCUCUAAACUACAUGAUCGAGAAGGCGUCGCGGAUGUUCGUGACUAUCGUCCUGCCGAAUCCCAACAAUCGAGGCACUUUGAAUGUGAUCUUCCGUCCUCCGCAGAACCCCUCUCUCCGAUUUGUGCCCCUUGAUGACGCUCUUCUCGAGCCGUUCUUCAGUGACUUACCACCUCCGCAGACUCCUAGCAGGCCUUUCUUCUCUAUGCUUGUAUCGAACGCAUGUCAGAAAGAAAUUGAGGAAGAAGAACGGGCGAAGAGAAUUUGGCGAGAAUCGAAGCUUCUUCACGAGAAUAUGAAUGCGGAAUGGGCUCGAUUGGAGACGGCACUAAUGUACGAGAGGCUGGCUAAACUGAAAGCCCCGCCUUACUCGGCAUCCAACGGAAAUGCCGCCCCCCAAAAAGGAAAAGUUCCGGUAAACAUUGGAGCUAAUAGCAUUCUGAAGCCUGUCAAAGACGGGUAUGUGCUCGUUCCGAAAUCUGGAACUGCCCAGGCCGGCUCCGCUGUGCAAGCGAUACCGCCAGGUCAACCUUUUGAUCCCGUGGAAGCGAUUCUUUCCCAACCUUUAACUGCUGAGAACUUUUUGUCUCAAGCUGCUUCGGUUGUUAAGGCAGCCGCAGAUGCACAAAAGGCAGCCGCGUAUGCACAGAAAGUAGCUGCUGAUGCCCAAAAGGCAGCCUCUGGUUCAACUCAAUCAACUGCCAUUUCAUCGCAACAACCGAACAGUCUGAGUACCUCGGAGGGAGUGAUGGCGCCGAAUAACGAAGCAAUCGGAAAAAUCGAUUUGUUGAAUGUUUUGAAAAGUUCUGGCAUAAAGCUAGACGAGAGUCCGUUCAUGAACAAACAGCCGCCGGUGGAGUACGAACCGGAUAUUUCCAGUGGAAUUGUGCGAAUCGACAAGUUCAACGAGCAUGUAAGUGAUAGUUUCUCCUGAUGUUUUCUUCAAUAAACUGAUUUCAGCUGGAGGAUAUGAAGAAAUCGUUCUUAGCGAAACUAACGGCAAAAAUCCACCCGGACCUCGAGUACUAUCCUCUAAAUCACAUCGAACCCUGA